AGGUUGACAUCGAACGUGCCACGGCGGAUGGCAUAGUGUCGCGCUCUGUCAGGAUCGAAAGCGUCUGUCAGCGCUAUGCGUCGCGCGAGGAGCUUCAGAGGCCGACCCAUGGCUUGGGCAUAAACCUGCCGACGCUCGGAAACAGGAGCAGGUACUGCGUUCCGGAGCAGUGCCCCAUCUUCAUCGACAAAGCACGAUCGCUGGCCUUCUGCUUCAUAUCAAAGGUGGCGUCUACCAGCGUGAAGACUCUCUUCCGUGACCUACUGGGCGUCAGGGACAACAGUUCCAACGGCAGCAUGAGUACAUGGGACGAGCUGCACCGAAAAUUCCACCGUCAGACUUACCGGGUUGGUCCGCGCACCCUGUUCAUGCAGGACGGCGGAAGAAGCUACUUCAAGGCCCUCUUCGUGCGGCACCCGUUCGAGAGGCUAGUCUCGGCGUACAUCGACAAGGCCCUCAGGCCCCGUUCCGAGGUACAGUGGUUCUACCAAACAUAUUGGGAGAAAAUACCGGGAGUCAAGGCCGAGAACCGCAGCCCGACAUUCUCAGAGUUCGUCGACUUCGUACUAGGCACACCCGUGCGAGAAUGGGACGAACACUGGUCGCCGUACUACUCGCGCUGCCAGCCCUGCCUGCUUGACUACGACUUCGUCGGCAAGCUGGAGACGGCGGACAGGGACUUCCAGCUGCUGUUCUCCGAGAUCGGCGUCGACGCAAGACUCUUCGGUCGCGUCCACGUGAGCCGCAGAGGGAGCAACGGGUGUUCUAGAACCAACGGCACUUGCGCCGACGCGGGGUCCUCGGCAAACUACUUCGCGACGCUCUCCCACGACCAAGUCAUGGGACUGUACUCGCGGUACUUCUACGACUUCGAGCUUUUUGGCUACGAUUUCAGGAGCUACCUCGCGUACAAUGAAACUGAUCAUAACCGAAUCUGAGUGAAAUAUCUGACAUUGUUUAAAUGGCGGGGAAAAAAACUGACUUAUUUGUCUGCUGCAAGCAAGACCUCAGAGACGAUGUUCAUUGGUGAUCGGAAAGCGAAGAUGGUUCAUGUGUGACAACGAGCAGUCGCUGAUGUGUUCGUGCGUUUAGAGUUACGUUGUCAAAUCAGUGAGGAAGGUAAAGAACAAAAUAAUGACGUGGAAGCUAACGGGGAGCUACUCAAAGCAUGCCGUAGGGAACAUAAGGAAUGGUCAGAGUAUGUAGGCCGUGUUUUCGUGCCUUAUUUUUUCCGCGAUGAAGCCUACUAACUAGCUCGGCUUCCCACCAUUCUAUAGGUAAAUAUCGUUACAACAUGAAGACACGACAGCUGGUAUAAGCGGGAGUGCGGUCAUUCAGUUACGAGCAUUGGUUUGUCGGACAGAAAGUAAAACAACGAUUUCGAAUCUAUCUGCUUCAGUGACGUCUGACGCCCCUGUUUGAUAAUCUUGAGCUUCAAUUAGCUUGCUGCCUAACAGGUUUGGGACGGUGAGAGAGAAAUCUUAACAGUAAAAAGCUUUCAAAUUGCCAAAUAGCGCGGAUAAGGAAUGAAGACAAAACUGAGUGUUCCAUUGUCUGAGCUGUUCGACAGAUUGAAAGAAAAGCAACUGGCCAGGCUUCAAACGCUCACGGAAGUCCGGUAAUUUCAAAUGUUUUGUGAUAAUCAUGAGCAAGACGCUUAAUGUGCGAAGCCUUUUUUUUUUCUUAAACGUUGUCCUCUUGUCGGUAACGAAGCUCACUUUGCUGACAUGUAAAGACAUUCUCAUCUAUAUUUUUGUCUGCUGUUUUAUUAUGAAGCUGUCACGGUAUUAAUAUAACAAGUUCAAACAACACACCCUUAACAGUGAGCCAAAGACAACACCUGAACGAUAGGUGCCUCAACUAAAUAGUGAUCCCACACAUUCUCUGACUGAACCACUGAGAAAUUCGACGCAGCAAACGGCUUUGUUACGUCAAUAUCAUUGAGCGAUGGAAAGUGUAA